AACUUCUGUUAGCCAAUCAGGUGGCCAGGUUUGCUCGUUGCUAUGGUGAUAGUGAGGGGGUUGUGGUUCGAAGCGCAGUCAACGGCGUCAUUAUUAAAAGCGGAAGAAAAAUAUACGUGAUUUUGUUGUCGUAUUGUCCUUAAAAAAAUGAUGUCAUUAGGGUGUAACGACGUUUGUUUUGAUAACGUAAUCACCAUUUAACAUACCAUUCGUGGGCAGAAAGUUUGAGUGAGAGGGAAAAGGUGGAAAGCAGUUAAGGUAGUGUGCGCAACAAAUGGGCACUCGAGGUUUGAUCUCAUCACCAUCUUUGGCUGCUCAACGUGCCCGACCAUCAGAAAUAUCACCACACAGAGGUGGCGACAAUGGAGCUUCUGAUAUUAAGUCAUGUCUGGCACAUCACAGCAAAGAACAGCGGAAGGGUGCUCGGGUUACGUUUCAGAACGGUGAACACCCGGAGGAACUGGCCUCAAACAGCAGCCAUAAACUGCGGCCGUUACUUGGAUAUGACUGGAUAGCAGGUGUCCUUGAUGUGGAGAAGUCCCUGCAAGGACGCUCGGAUGAUUUCUACGAGGAACUGCAAGAUUUCCGAAUGCAAAAUGAAAGCGAAUGCAUGCACAAGUCCCAAGCCAAAUUUUCCCCAGAGAAGCAGUCUGUCCUGUCACUGUUUGCAGACACUGAUGACCCGAUUGCCGACGCAGAUACUCAUCAAUGCACCUUCUUGUACAAGUUGAACAGUAGACUGUUCCCUGUCCCUGUUCACCCUGGAGAAUGCUGUCCCGUGUGCAGAAGGCCAAAAUCUUCACACCCCCACACUAUAAACAAACCAGCUCUUGUCAGGGUCAGCAUCCCUAGCUCCACUCUGCUACCAUCUUACAACUACAAAGCACAUCGCCGCAGCAGCUUCGAUUCAACCGAUAGUUUGGGGUUACCCUCUCAUUGCCUUUUGGGCUGGUCCAAUACGUUUCGGAGCUACUUGCAACCACCCAGCAACCUUGACCUGCGAAGUCACCUGGAGAAGCGCACUGAGCAAGAGGAUCAGGUGACCACAAGUCUUCAGUUUGACCAAGCGCCAGUUCUUACUCCGUUGCCCCGUCACCAUUUCCAGCACUUCACGCCCAAAAGAAAAAAAAGACGACCUCAACCUUCAACUAACAGCUGACAGACCCCAAAAGUAUUUUCCCUCAUCCAUUUUUUGUUUUUGAAUGCUUGUCAUCAGGGCGGCACAGUGGUACUAAUUAGCACGUCAGCCUCGCAGUGCAGAGGUGCAGGGUUUGAUUCU